GAGUAGGUAUUCGUGAAUUAUAAUAAUAGGCAUACAUAUCUAUGUAGGCAUGUCGUGAUUUAAAAGCAAGAAAUUUUCAUCAUAAAAUCUGCUGGUCAAAUCAAAACCAAAACGGAACGAUGGCAUUUGUUUACCAAAGCGACGCGGACUUGGAAGCUAAAGCAAAAAAAGCGGCAGAACGGAUAUCAGAGAACAUGCAUAUAGUGGCUAAUGAACCAUCAUUGGCUUUGUACAGACUACAGGAGCACGUCAGAAAGGCUCUACCCCCCAUGGUGGAAAGGAGAGUUGAGGUCACAAAGCUGCAGCAUGAGCUGCAGGGCAGGUGCUAUGAUGUGGAGUAUGCUCUGAGUGCAGUGAAAUCGAUGGACGGUGCAGCGACCAGCUUCAACAACAUCCAGGAAAUGUUAAAGCAAGCUAUAUUCUUAAAGCAACAGUUAAAAUACGAGGAAGCGCGGCGAAAUAAAAAAGAUACCAACUCUGUGUACAAACGUCUCUCUGCUCACAUUGUUCUUGACCUCCCGGACUUGUCUGACUUCUCCAUGAUUAGAGAAACUACCAACAGACUGGAGAAUAUUAUGACACACGCUAGAGGCUCUAGUGCUGAGCUGCAUAGAUCCCAUACUACUUUACAUUAAACCUGUAAUUAUUUGCUAGCCUGGUGAGACAAUGUGCGACAUUUUACUUGUCUUUCAGGACUGGUCAGAAUUCUCCAUGAUGAGAGAGACUAUCAACAGACUGGAGAAUAAUAUAACUCAGGCUAGAGGCUCAAGUGCUGAGCUGCAUAGAUCUUACAGUACAUUAAACCUGCUAAUAUCUUCUCCUAGCAUAGUAGAUUCUCUCUCUAUUGGCUGAAAUGUGUGUAGCACCAUGAAUGCAGCCGAUCUUCGAGAUGGAAGCUAUCUCUGUGCCAAACAUAAAGAGCUAGUGAGCAAUAUAAACGCUUGCUUACAUUAUAGGCAAUGGUCACACCCACAACCAAUCACAAUCCUAGUGCGUCCUUUUCACUUCUAUACAAUUGUGCAAGAGAGAUACCCUGUGUUAGCUCGACUUCCUGAACAAGGUAUAGUGCUGAGACUUAUUAAGGAGACAGGAGUACCAAA